AUGUUAAUCAAAGAGGCCCAAUCAGUCCAUGAGGAGACUAAACAAAUUUUGAAGAAGGUAGUGGGUCUGAUUUUGGAUGAAGAGGAAGAAUUUAAGGAAGUUGAACCAGAUAAGUUUGAGGCUGAAGAUCUUCUCGAUGGUUUUAAGAUAACUGAUUUUAAGCCUGAUGAAAUUAUGUUGGAUGAUCAAUCUGUGAACACACAAACUGAACAUGAGAUUAUCCCCAAUGAUGAUGAUACUGGGACGGGAGAAAAGAAAAAUGAAGAAGAAAAGAAGGAUGAGAAGCAAUUGGUAGUAACUCAAACUGUUGAUACACAGUCCCCACUGGUACUAGAAACUAAAAAGGAUAAGGAAAGUGAAAAUAAAGAGGAGAAGAAGAUAGUGAAGAUAAAGCCGAAAGUGACCCCUUUAUCACUUGAUUCUAAAAAGAAAAUUUUGGAUGAAGAUGACGAUGAUGCAUUAAGAAAGAAAGAAGAUGCAAAAGAGUGUCAUGUACGUGACAGUGAAGAAGAAGAAGAAGAGGAUUGA